AUGCUGGACGAUAAAAUAUCAGCAUGUUUACAGUAUGGUCUGUGGGAUCAAGUUAGGGUAGACUGUGGUCGAGAAUUCUACCUCGUGUUGUAUCAACAGAAUAMAUUAAGUGAUCUUAGAACAAACACUACGAGGCAACCAUUUCUCCAGACACAAUCAAAACAGAAUCAUACUGUAGAGAGACUAUGGGUCGAAAUCAAUCACAGGAGCACCUACCCYAUAAAAAGGGUACUCGUCGCCAUGAAAAAUAGAGACAUGAUAGACAUGGAGGACGAAUACAUUAAGUAUUGCAUUUCUGAAUUUCUAUUAGCAACGUGCAGAAUUUCAGUACAAAAUGCCAUUGACGCCUGGAACACGAGGACAAUACCAGGUAAAGGGGUUCCUGAAAUCCGUUUUCGAGAUAAUUUCCGUUGCCGCUCACUGUUGCCCAGUCAAGUACCAUCUGCAGCUGAAGUAGUAGAGGAAUACAGACAAAAGGGAGGUCAAAUCAAUGAAGAAUCUUCCUUUGGUAUCGACCCACUCCACGGGGAUUGCAACGCAAAAUAUGCUCGUGACCAACAAUUCUUUUUGCGCUAUAAUUCAUACGCAACAGGUGCGCACGCUAUCGCUAAUCACCGUGAAGAUUUUUUUGAAGAAUCUAYUUUGCAUUUUAUUGACGUCACUCUUAACGCAACUUGA